AUGGCCGAUUUUUAUACAAUUGAAACUCCACCAUCAUCAUUAUCGACAAUUAAGGAUUUAAUAGAUGAAUCAAAGUCAUCAUUGCAAACGAAAAAACGAAUUAAUCUUCGACAAAUAUCUAAUCAAUCUAAUUCAAUAGGAGUUAAAACUGAUGAGUUUGAUUCAACUGUUUAUGCUGAUAUGAAUAGUCCAUUACGUCGUAGUCUUGGUAAUACAAAAUUAAAAACUCGUCAAGAUGUUCGUCGUUUUCGUAAAUUUUUAAAACGUAAUCAUAAUUUAUCAUCAAUAUCUCUUGUUGAUAUCGAACCAGAUGUAAUGCGUAAAUAUUUAAUAGAUUAUUUAACAUCAAUUCGAACACGUAAAGGUUUAAAAUAUGAUCCUGAAACUCUUCGUUCAUAUUAUUUAAGUAUUCAAAGAUUUUUAAAAGAUUCUAAUUAUCCAUAUUGUUUACGUAAUUCUCCACAAUUUUCACAAUGUCGAGAUUUAAUAAUUCAAAUGCGAAAAGAAAAAAAUCAAAUUAAAUUAAAUGAUUUAUCAUCUUUUCAAAAAACUAAAAUAAGUAAAAAAAUUUCAACACCUAUAAAUCAAAAUUUUAUUUCUCAAGAACAACAAAAUCGAAUACCUUCUUCAGAAAUAAUUCCAUCGAAUACAUGUGUUGAUCUUCUUCCAUCAUCAUCACUUCCUCCUCGUAAACGUCAACAAAUGAAAUAUUUUCUUGAAUCAAAUUCUUCAUGUGAUUUUCUUUUUAUAACUCAAAUUCCACGAAUAUUAUCACCACCAUUAUCAAUUCUUUCAUCAGAUGCAUAUUUACUUUUGAUUAAAUUUACAUCAUCUAGUCAAAAUAAAAUUCAUUAUUAUGAACAAUUACUUGAUCAAUCACCAGCAUGUGGAAAUAAACAACGUUUAAUGUUAACAACAUUAUGUCAUCAAUGGAUGGGCGAUAUUCGAAUUAUUCAUGCUAAUCUUCGACCAGAAAUAAGUUCAUUUUUACCACAUAUACUUCUUAUUAAUAUUCUUUCAUCAAAAUAUUAA